AUGGCUCUGUUGCCCUCUAACUUCAGUGCUUCGGCCCGAUCUUUGGUCUCGGUCUCUGCUUGGCUCACGUGCACUGGGACUGCCUCAGAAUUAGAAAAUUCGCCUGCAUCUUUGACAUUCCCAAUCAAUUUCUCAAGGGACUGGUGCUUAAAAGUUUUAGUGAGCACCCGUUCAAUCAACUCUGAAUCUAAAUUGAAAGCGUCGUUUAUACUUUCAAUUGCAAAUUCGAUUGACUCCUUGUUAUCUUCAGGAAUUUCAUUUUGCUCUAAGGAGCGCUUUAAAAAGUCGGUGACAAGAACCGAAAUAUCUUUCGGUGUAUAG